CGCCCAGUCCUGCCUGUUUACAGUGGGAGGCGGCAGCGCACACGGACGGGCCACCGCGCCUCUACCUCCUCGUUUAUGGCCCGAAAGCGCUCCGAGUAGAGCAGACUUUUUUUUUUACACCAGCAGGAUUUCACUAUGUUGAAAGGAGUGAUUUAGUUACUACCAAAAAAUACAAUGCAACCCGUGAAUCGUGCUGCCAGGACCGGUGCCUGUUAGUGCUUCAGUAUAAACCUAGAGUAAGGUAUAUGUGUUGCAUACAGAAGACAUGCCUGGUGAGGGCGAUCAAGAGUCAGAAAGUGACGGGAGUUCGCUAGACGAGUCGAUUUCCUCGGACGGAUCGGAGUCGGACGAUUCCUCAGAAUUAGAUGAAGAAGAGUGUGAUCGGCGCCGUGGAGAGUACUUGAGUGACCUUUCGGAUUUAGAGCAGCAAUUUUCCAUGCUAAGAGAACAGCUGUAUCGUGAAAGAGUAACUCAGGUUGAAGCCAAGCUGGAUGAGGUACGGAUAGAACAGGCGGCCGAAUACCUGAUUCCGUUGGAGGAACUCAGGGAAGCUAUGCGGGUCAGGCUUGAGGUCGCUUGUAUUCUAAGGCAGUAUCGCCUGCAGAACAUCAAUAAUAAACAUGAGGCAGAAAUGCUGGCAUCAAAGCAAAACUUUGAGAAUGAAAAGGUUAUGUUGUGGGAUGCAAUUGAGAGUGAACUGGAAGAGAAAAUCAGAAGAUUAGAAGAGGAUCGAAACAAUGUAGAUGUCACCAGCCAGGUGUGGGCUGAACAGAACCUUCAUAGAAAGCGACGCAGACAUAGACAGGGCUCAAAUAGUUCAACAGAUCGCAAGAGAAAGAAACCUACUACCGUUGCUGGUCCAUACAUUGUCUAUAUGUUGAGGGAGCCAGACAUUGUGGAUGACUGGACCACAAUCAGAAAGGCGCUGACAGCCUCAAAACGCAAGACCAAAUUUGGUAAAAUUGGGUCACCAAGACACUUUGCAGAGGCCUUUUCCCUUUGAGGUGAGGGU